AUGCAACAUUAUUCCAAUACAAAAUUUGGAGUUUGCUUAGAAUAUGAAGAUGGAUUAGCAGUUUUGAAUCUGAAAGAGCAAGGACUAUCCAGGGUACCCGAUGCAGUCACUGAACUGAGUGAAAUAGAGAAACUUGGGCUGGAAAAUAAUAACUUGAUUGAAUUACCAGCAAGUAUAAGCAAGCUGAAAAAUCUUAUUGUGCUCAAAUUGAAUGGCAACAAAAUCACUGAACUACCUGCUGAGAUUUGUGACCUCAGGGAGCUGAGGGAGCUGAGUGUGAAUGACAACCAGUUGGUUGAGUUACCUUCCAGUAUACAGAGGCUGACCAAGCUUGAAUGGCUGCACUUGGGUGGAAAUGAACUAACUGAACUACCUGCUGAGAUCGGUGACCUCGGGGAGCUGAGGGUGCUGUUGGUGAUGAACAACCGGUUGGUUGGUUUACCUACCAGUAUACAGAGGCUGACCAAGCUUGAAAAGCUGGACUUGUAUGUAAAUAAACUAACUGAACUACCCGCUGAGAUUAGUGACCUCAGGGAGCUGAGGGUGCUGAGUGUGUGGAAAUUGGUUGGUUUACCUACCAGUAUACAGAGGCUGACCAAGCUUGAAAAGCUGGACUUGUAUGUAAAUAAACUAACUGAACUACCCGCUGAGAUUAGUGACCUCAGGGAGCUGAGGGUGCUGAGUGUGUGGAAAAACCAGUUGGUUGGUUUACCUACCAGUAUACAGAGGCUGACCAAGCUUGAAUGGCUGGACUUGAGAGGAAAUAAACUAACUGAACUACCUGCUGAGAUUAGUGACCUCAGGGAGCUGAGGGUUCUGUGCGUGGGUGGCAACCAGUUGGCUGGUUUACCUACCAGUAUACAGAGGCUGACCAAGCUUGAAAGGCUGCACUUGGAUGGAAAUAAACUAACUGAACUACCUGCUGAGAUUAGUGACCUCAGGGAGCUGAGGAUGCUGUGGGUGGGUGGCAACCAGUUGGCUGGUUUACCUACCAGUAUACAGAGGCUGACCAAACUUGAAAGGCUGCACUUGGAUGGAAACAAACUAACUGAACUACCUGCUGAGAUCGGUGACCUCAGGGAGCUCAGGUGGCUGAGUGUGAGGAACAACCAGUUGGUUGGUUUACCUACCAGUAUACAGAGGCUGACCAAGCUUGAAUGGCUGUACUUGCAUGGAAAUAAACUAACUGAACUACCUGCUGAGAUUGGUGACCCCAGGGAGCUGAGAGAGCUGACUGUGAGUAACAACCAGUUGGUUGGUUUACCUACCAGUAUACAGAGGCUGACCAAGCUUGAAGAGCUGGACUUGAAUGUAAAUAAACUAACUGAACUACCUGCUGAGAUUGGUGACCUCAGGGAGCUGAGGGUGCUGUCGGUGAUGAACAACCAGUUGGUUGGUUUACCUACCAGUAUACAGAGGCUGACCAAGCUUGAAUGGCUGUACUUGAGAGGAAAUAAACUAACUGAACUACCUGCUGAGAUUAGUGACCUCAGGGCGCUGAGGGAGCUGAGCGUGAGGAACAACCAGUUGGUUGGUUUACCUACCAGUAUACAGAGGCUGACCAAGCUUGAAUGGUUUUCCUUGAGUGAAAAUAAACUUACUGAACUACCUGCUGAGAUUGGUGACCUCAGGGAGCUGAGGUUGCUGAGUGUGAGGAACAACCAGUUGGUUGGUUUACCUACCAGCAUACAGAGGCUGACCAAGCUUGAAGAGCUGGACUUGAAUGUAAAUAAACUAACUGAACUACCUGCUGAGAUCGGUGACCUCAGGGAGCUGAGGGAGCUGGGAGUGAUUCGUAAUCCUUUAACUGUUGACGCAAUAAGACGUGCCUUGAAGUUAAGGAAGAAAGAAGUACGUGUAUAUGGUGUUGCAGGUAAGCACAGCGGAUAUUGUAGUUAUUUGGAAGUUCGAAAAAACCGAGAUAAAAUUCCACUAUUUGCCUUGGAAAGGGGAGUCAAUUUUUUAUUCAGUUAUCGGGAGUUUCGCGAAUUUGAAAGUUUAAUACUCAUUGAGAUAUGCUAAAAACUGUACUUUCAAAAUCAAUGGUAAGUUUCUUGUACGUAUUAAUUCAUUUUAAUUAAUUCGUCUGUUUUAAAAUUUCAAAUCAGCUGUCAAAAAUAGUUUUUAUCCAGGAUACACCAAACAUUGUAUUCCAUCACAACCUUACUAAAUGACUCACCGGUUGUGCUUUCACGAACUUUCAGAGGGAGAGAAGCGAAGACCCGAAAUACGUCUGCUGUUCGCUGACUAAAGAAAUACGAGCUCCCCUAAAGUUGCCUGCGAACAGCAGACGUAUUUCCGGUCGUCGCUUCUUUAUUUUUCGGAGGGAGGGAAGCGACGACCGGAAAUACGUCUGCUGUUCGCAGGCUAGUAUUUCUUCGGGAAGGGAAGAAAUACGAGCUCCCCUAGAAACGCCUGCGGGAGAAACUGUGUUUUCACUGUGGUCGAUUUGCUGCUGCGCGGAAGAUUUUUUCUAGGUGUUUUUUGACAUACCGACGAUUACUAGCUGUUUUCACUUUUAAAUUUAGCUCGGAAGAACUCAGAGGAUUCAAAUUUAAAAAGCGCGCCACGUUCAAAAAUGUUAGGAGACGAAGCGCUUUGAAUGUGUUUUCGUUUAAUGAUUCUCGCUAUUUUAUGAAUGCAGUUAAAUAGUGUCUCUAGAAAGUAAGAGGAUGGGAAGUAAUGUUAUAAUCCUGUUUCAAAAUGUAACAGCAAAACAGCAAUAAUUGCCGUAAGUAGCGUGGGUUUAACCCAUCGUGUUAAAUCGAUGAAACUCUUUAAUCGAAUUAAUGGAUUCUACUCAAUUUUAAACGAUAGUAAUUAAGCGAUUGAUAUCGGUAAUCGAUAAAUACCGAAGAUCGAAAGAGUUGUGAGUAUCAAUUUUUAUCAAAUUUCAUCAAUUUUCAUCCAUUUUAUCGAUUGUCAAUUGUAAUCCGUUAAUAAUGAUUUCAGAUACGUAAUUUGCGCUACCACUGGCUACGAAUUAGUAAUUAAAAGUCUUACCUAUUAAUUGUCGAUUUAUUCAUCGAGGACAAAAGAUUCACCCGUCCUUAUUGUAACUGGGCACUAGUAGUGGCCCUUCACUACAGCCUCUAGUAAAAUGUUCAUUUCGCCGGUCAUUUGUCACAACGCGCAACGCGAUUGGCUGCGGUAUUUAUCAGGACAAGUUACACCAUCUCGCGUGGUUGUCUAACUUUUCGUAAUUUUUCAGUCAUAAAGCCGAAAAAACAGUGAGCAUGUUUAACUCGCUAACACAAGAAGAGGUGUUUUAACUUUAUUUCUGGACUUUUCUGGCUUUAUCUAACUUGCACCUUAGGAGCAAGAAUUAGCAAACGUCUACGAUCAUGGCUUAUCCUGACAAUACCUUGUUUUGGAGUUCGAAGCUUGUUUAUGAAGGCGAAUUCUCGUCUGCUAUACGAGGUCGUCAUGUCUACAAAGCGACAUGUCUCCAACUAAGACUCAAAUUCCAAGUUAUCAGUGACAUUCAACGCUUUACCCUUCCAAUCAUUCCGACAAAUAGUAGCAACACCUCACCAUAAUAUAACCCUCUGGGCAAUUCGAAUGUGACAAGAAUAUCAUACUCAACCAUGACUCCGAAACAAAACAGUCCUCGAAUAAAAGCCUUCCCUCGAAUAAUCGCCUCCUUUGACCGAAGUAUUUAAAAUAAUCGCCCACCCCCACCCCUCUCGCCAUCUUCUCUUUCUUUUAUCCCCUCCCUGUCAAGUUUCAGUGUUUUUUAACCAAAUAACCAAAAUAAUUUGGAACAUUUAAAAAUCCCAUGUUCUGUUUAUUUGAUGUUAUCAAUUGUCGGUUUAAUGGAAUAAUAAAACAAAAUAUUUAGGGCACGACCUCCAGUGAGCAAUAUUUGAAAUAAUCGCCCCCUUGAUUAAUCGACUCCUUUUUGUUGGAAAACAAUGGUCAUCGCCGCCGUCUAUUAUUCGAGGAAAUACGGUAUCAAUGUUAUUGUUACUAAGCUCAGCAUAAAGAGCCGGAACUGCAUCAGGUUUUGCCAGGCACCGGGCAUUCAAAUCCAUACACUUUAGCACUAUCUUUGGUGCUGUAGGCCCUUUGUUGAUUUUAACAAUCGAGAGCGUUCGCGGCCGUUCACUUGGGUUGCGUGAAUUAGGGUCAACCUUGUCACGAUAGGAUGGAACAAUAGUCGGUAAUUGAAUAGCGGCGCUUAUUGGUAUCGAGGCGCUUAGAAUGCCCGGGUGGGGGGUACUUCCUAGUAGUAGGCUAAUGGGUAUGUGCUGCUGGAUUGGGCCGCAUUUUCACGACUGGAUUGACUGUUAUGGGGUCACAUUUUUAUAAGAGUUACUUGAUCGGGGUCGCACAUUUUUAAGUUUUUGGGGGUCAGAAAAUUCAGGUAUGUAGGAAUUUAAAAAUAGAAAGAUUUACACCACACCAAGUUUCACAAAAAUGUGGCAGAUCAUUUUACGAUGUUCUCGUUAAUAGACUUUACAAGGUAGAUGCAUAAGGAGAAAUUCACUAAGUUGGGAUUGCAAAAAUUACUUCUUUCCAAAAGUGACUAAGAUGGGGUCUAUAAUAUCGCCACAGUAUGGACUAUAAUGGGGUCGGGGUUUUGAGAGGCCAGCGGCACAUACCCAACAAAAAUUAACGAAGGACCCUCGCCCCCACCGCCUCCGGGUUGGAACAAGGGUGCUUAUGCAAUAGGGGUGCUUAUUAGAGAGUAGGCGCUUAUUGGAACGAAGUUAGUUCGUUGAUGUUCAGAAUAAUUGUUUUUUUUAGAGGGACAGGCAUUUCACAUGAAUGCAAACAACACUUAUAAUUCUGGUGACGCAAAACACAACACUAAUUUUUAAGUACCAUUCAUGGAGUUUUGAACAUGCAUGGAGACUUGAAGUAAGUUCAGUAAAAAAAAAAACAAGUUUAAAAUAGCAGGUAGAUUGUUUAACAGUAUCAAAAAUAACCAGCAUUUAAUUUUAUCUGUGACAUUUGAAAUUCAGUAAAAUUACGUUUACCAUAGAUUUGUUUUAAUAAUAACUUAAGAGACCGUACUGAAAGAUAACAAGAAGGACAAUAAACACUGAUGUAGCCCCCCAUGACCCUCCUAGGUCCGUCAAGUGAACUAGAAGCCAAUGAACUACGCAACCUGUAAGACAUUACUUUCCUUGAAUAAGCAUUCUUUUUUUUUUCACUAGUUCCCGUAGAAAUAGAAGCACGCGGGGAAAAAGCACAGCUCGCUUAUCAAAGUGCUCUUAAAUAUGGAGCUGUUAAUGUUUACCGUGGUCGAGUAUUGCUUAUCGGGCAGGAUCGGGCAGGGAAAACAAGUUUAAAGAAAUCUCUCAUUGGUCUACCAUUUGAUCCCAAAGAAAAAAGUACUGAUGGAAUUGAGGUGGAUCCUUCAAAAUUUCAGUUGAACGUUGAUGAAGUCAGGAAUUGGAAACCUAUUGAUGAGAGAAAACAAGGAUUGCUGGGGUGUUCGAGAGAUGUGGCACAGGUGAUGGUGGAAAAGAUGCAUGAUAUUUCAGUUAACCAGGACUGGGUUCAGGAGGAGAAAGGAGGUGAAGCAAUACUUAAAAAUGAUGAUAACAAGAAUAGGAAACAAGUUGGUACUGAUGGAGCAAAGGAAGAAGUUUCUCUUGUAAAUGAGGUUUGUCUUUGUUUUUUGUGAAAUGUGAUGUUUUUUCGUGAAUCCGUUGUUAGAAGAAUAGUGAGAAACGCACCACGGCCUCCCAUUCUUUUGCUAGUGUUCGUAUGGAAAAUAUGUACCAAUUGUCAGAUCGUUUUGCAGCACGUUUCUGGUUACGAAUUUAGGGUUUUUUUAUACUAGGAAGUUUAGUUCCGAGUGUAGAAUGUUACUACUAUCAGCCAUUUUGUUAUAUUUCCGUGGUUGUACCCAUCUACACGUAAGCUAAGCCUUUGGGUCAUUAGUGCGCGUGUGCAAACCAAGGUGAGUAUAUCCUUAAUAGCCGUUUCUUUAUUUGUAUUGUUAAGUGUAAUUUAGGCCUUGAGUGUAGCUUUCACGUAUUUUGUUGUUAAUCACAAUUUCUAUAUCAAGUUGUUUUCUUUUUUAUGCGAGGAGUAAAGCCAAGGGGGGAAGGGACUCAAUCAGACAUUAUUUUUCUAUGUGUUCUUAAACUCACUGUUCCUUAAAAAUUGCAAUAAUCGUGCCUCGUUGUUUGAGCUUAUAAAAAAUGCUCUGUCAUUAAUAACAAAUUAAGAGCGGAUGUCAGUAAAUAUCGACCUAAGGUCUACAAAAGUGAAAAAUCGAAAAUUCUCCAAAAAAAUUCACAACUGAAGUAGCACUAGGUAAGCUAUUAGGGAGUUCAAGCAACAACGACGGCAAAGGCUACGGGAACAGCAAUUAAGAAGUGAAUUCGCACUGCCUCUAUCUUUACCGCGCUUAUUCCAUCUCGUUUAAUUUGUCAUAUGAGGGCAAUUUUUUUUUGGCGUUGAGUACUGAAGGAUUUUAUUAAAGUUCAUGAAAAAAAAAAGAAAGUUGUCGUCUUGUGUUCCCGUCCUCGACAAAACGCGAAAAUAGGCGCUUUCACGCGGUUGUAGUCGUGCUAUGACGGCUAAGAAAGGUACAAAAAAGCGUGAUGCACGUGCAAGGUUGUUGUUUUGCUAAUCUAAACCUAUUGGCUUUUCGCUGGUCCCGUAGCCGUAGCCGUCGUUGUUUUCUUAAACCCCCCUAUUAACAUAAAUGUAAUUUUUACUUCGAUCCGAUAAUUAUUUUCGACGUACGGGGGGUUAUUGGUUUCGCGGCUCUCGGACCGGGUUUUACAGGCCCGAGACCCUGUGUCCCAAAAAAAAUCGUUGUAAAAUUCAAAUCCAUUGUAAUGCGGACAACAAAUAACUUAUUUAAAAAAGCAGAUUCACGCAAAAACCAUUUGGCUUAAAAAAUGUGUUUAAAAGCCCACUCUGGAUUUGAAGCAAAACGUAUUUCCUCUAAAUAAGCUAAAAAAUACCCAAUUCACGCAGUGAAUAAAUGGAUGAUUAUCGAAGGAUUAUUGAAUUCUUGCCUAACCUGAGGGAUUUCCCAAUUUUCCGAUAUGUCGGAUUAGGGGUAGGAUGGACCCGAACUCCGAAGAGGGACACCUUCUACUACGUUUAAAAGUGUCACUAGUUUAGAUAAGCAUGCACGUGUCUUACGUAGAACGUGAACCUCCCGUACAAAUGGCAAGUUUCAUUUGAAGUAAGACGCUACUUAGCUAUGACGCGUCCUACGGUAAGAAGAGCUUGUACCACCUGUCCAUAGAUAAUACGCUAGCUGAGACGAAGAAAACUCGAAUAAAUGACCGUUGGCAUCAAUUAACGGUGCGAGCGCUUAGAACGCGUGUGCCAUUGCUUACGACCGUGCAGGUGUGGUCUUCUGUGCAACAUAUAAACAAACAAAAUUGAUAAAAAUCCCUUCCAAGCAUCCCUUCCGUCGUUUUUGAAAAAAUCCUGUAAAGCUCUGAAAGUCCCGAAAAGAAAUCCGGAUUUGUAGCCAAGCAGAAGCCUUCCCUGAGUAUUUCGACGAAUUCCUGCUCAAAACCAACUGUCUGUCAAUCUUCUUCUCCUGAUUUUCACAAUUUUUGUCAGUGUGUAGAAAAUAAAAUUGUGAUUUCUUUUAAUGUAAACGUUUCAAGGUCGGUUAACCCGCCUAGCCGGGGUCGGAUUCGUGAUACAUCCAAUUCGUGCAAAAAUCACUUUGGCCUUGCACCAUUAUUAACUGAGGUAACAACAGAAAGCCACAGCACUGAAGGUUGCAGGAAGAGCAGCAAGUGAGUGUUGAAUAGUAUUAAUCGCCAAAACACGUGGUUUUCCAGCAUUUUUCUUGUUAACGUGCCUAGCGACCAUUCAAUAAUCUUGAGAAAGUGCACCCUGGGAUGGCGGGGUUGUAAGAUUGCAUGUAAAGGAGGGAUAUUUUUACCCGACCUAAGCGGGUUAUCUCACCUACCUGGGGUCCCCCAACUCCAUGUAAACAGGCCCUAACUUAAGACAUGCUCUUAUGAAUGGUGUAUUUAGCGUCUUAUUCAAGGAGCGUUGUCAAUCUGUUUUGUGUGUUAUCUCAGAGUCUUUUUUGUUUGUUUGUUUGUCUUAAUUUAUACCGUUUCGUAAAAAGUUGUAAAGGUUCAUUUCUGGGGACGUUCCCCCAAAGUCGUUUUCAGCACUGGCAAUACCGUGGAGUUGGUAGUGUGUCUUUCCUUUGUGAAGAGCCCGGAAAAGGAGCUUUAUUUUCGUCAGCAGUUUUCUGAAUUACACAAACAUCAUACUGCCUACAAGAUAAAUUGUUGUCAAAAGCCGAUAACCUGCUCCUGUCUUUGUGAAUUUCCUCAAGGGCAGAAAUUUCACUAAGAAUCGAAAACAACAGCUUAAGGUGACUCGACCCAGUUAUUUUGUAAGGGGACCAUCCUACUGUUUGAAGCUCUCUGGUAUCCCCACCUUUACUUUGAUCGUAAGUCUAACAUAAAGCAUGGAUAAUAUAUAGGUCAAAUUACAAUAUAGCAUAAAAUUUUUGGCAAUGGGAGUAAAUAUAUGUGAGAGAGAGAGAGAGAGAGAGAGAGAGAGAGAGAGAGCCAUAAGAACGGGAACUUUUGUAACGAAAAAAGGGCACUUUUGUAACGCGAUAGGGAACUUUUGUAACCAAGGUGGGGAACUUUUGUAACCAAGGGAACUUUUGUAACGUCACUAGGGCACUUUUGUAACGACAACAGGGAACUUUUGUAACGUUAUAGGGAACUUUUGUAACGAGUGGGGCACUUUUGUAACAAUCUGGCACUUUNAGUGGGAUGAUAAAACUACAGCCCGGACUGUUUCGACAUCGCAUAUAUAAAAGUAUUACUUGUUCUGUUCGUACAAAGCUUUGGCAUAUUAAAAUGGCGCUGUCGUCUUAGGUUAUAGCGUGAGUUGUCACAGUCUGGUGGAAGGAGCGCCUUCAAUUUAUGGUUUGGAUCACUGACAAUGUUAUCAAAAAGCCUGCUACAUAAUACGUAAUAAUGCUCCAAAAUGGGUGUUAACCCCACCUCUAUUGCCGAGUUGCACUUUCCUGAGGUUAUUAUUGAUACUGCUCUUUUCUCUAGCCGUACCAGCUCUUUCUUUAAGUACUGGGGGAGACCGUUGAAAAAGACAGGUGCUGCAUAAUCAAUAACAGAUAUCACGCACGAUACGUAGAACAGUGCUAGAUCGUGUUUCGGAACUCCCGCUCUCUAGCCCUUGUACCUCCUGCAGUAUACAAAGCGCUGAGGGUGUUCAUCACGGUCUAGACGUUACGUGACGGGAAUCCCUUCUAUUUUCACCGUACCAAAAUUAUCAUAUCUCGGUGAGCAUUCGUAAGGGCCUGUUUACAUGGAGGUGGGGGACCCCAGGUAGGUGAGGUUACCCGAUAAGGUGGGGUAACCCGUCUGUCCAUAUAAUCUCUCAUUUUAAUUUGAUCACGUUUGCAUGAUAGGUGGGGUGACCCGCCAAGGCGGAUAGCCCGGUCUGCCAGACCGGGUAACCCUCUCAGCCGGGGUCAAAUUUUGCCACGUAAACGUUUCAAGGUGGGGUAACCCGCCUAGCCGUGGUCGCAUUCGCAAUACUGAAUUCGCGCAAAAUUCACUUUGGCAGUAGCUUUGCAUCAUUAUUAAAGGUAGCAAUAGAAAUCCACAGCACUGAAGGUUGCAGUAAGAGCAACGAGUGAGUGUAGGAGAGUAUUAAUCAAAAAGUGGGGUUUGCCAGCAUUUUUCUUGUUUACGUGCUUAUCGACCAUUCAGUAAUCUUGUUUUUCAGGACCAUUUGACAGCGCACGAGUGAACCGGAGCGCAAUAACGAGCCCUAACCCUACCCCAUUGCCCUUGCGGUAAAUAAAUCCUCGCGCUUUUCAUUUUAUUAUGCGCGCUUGAGAAUCUCCAAAGGGAAUGUAGAGGGUCUUUGAACAAUUUCAGUUUCAGUUUAUUUCACCGACAAAAAAAGAACAAAACAAAACAAAAGACAGGUACACAGAAAUACCCAGAAGCAAUGUGGUUAGGAAGCCCAAAAAGAAACCAUAAGGCUUAGGCAAUCCCCUUUUUUAUUCGUUCAGCUUCGAAUAGGUUUCCUGGUUUUGGGUCGGUCGGUGGGGUGAAAAAAAUCACAAGAAAUCUGAGAUUAGGAGGCCUGAAACACCAGCACCAUUGCCAUGGAGCCUGAAAACAACAAGACGUGGUCACCAAAUCGACACAAACUCAAUAUCGCCGAAAAUAUGAUGGUCAAUUUCAUAAAAAAAGAAAAGGUCCAAAAAGGGUGAAAAGUGACAAGGAUACACCACCGAAAUUUUUAUGCCUGGAAAUGCUGUUAUAAUUCUCAUUUUUCAGAUUAAAAAAAAGAAAAAGCCGGGAGUACCCUGGAAAAAUCCUGGCUACGCCCCUGCUAAAGCCCGAAAAAGCAACAGGAGUCUUGAGAAACGUCCUUACCAUCUGUCCGUGGUCGUACUUUCAAGGAAGCGCGAUCAAGGAGUGACAACAGUGGUAAGCGGUCGUUCUGUGAAAUGUAACGCAAUCUUUGACGUUUGAGAUUUUUCCGCGCUUGGAUUUGAAACGUUGUUGUUGAUAUGUUCUCCCGUGUGGAUACUUGACAUUUCCAAUAUAUGGAAACACCAUGCAUGCUAAGGUACGAACAACAGACACUCACAAUAUUGUUUUGUACGCUCAAAUCUGAUUUCAUGGAAGUAAAACGUUUUGAAUUUAAAGACUUUUUUGUUAUAUUAAUGCUUUGCCCUCCCUUUGACAACUUCACGUGACUGGUGUGGUCGUCACUUGUUUCUCCCUUGGCAGGAGUUGACAGCUUAAAUCUGCCUUUCUUGAUAGCAAACGGAUUACAUGUACAUCAGAUCGCUUUAUAAAUACGUCUUGGUUUCUGAAAGCUGAUAACAUUAAACCACUGUUGCUCAAACUGAUUUCUUAUUGUAUUUUUCCGAGUUUUUCUAAUGGGCCCGCUGAGUCUGGAAAGCUCAAAUUUCAGAAAAGUACUACUUGUAAUUUUUGACCUCAGAAAUUUUCUUUUAAGUUGCCCAUAGUUUUGAAAGCAGAUUUUGAAAGAAGAGAUAAUGCUCUUUAACGUGAUAUAAGACUCUUUACUGAAAUCGAGGUACCAGUCGACGAUUUUGGGCUUUGAAAUUUGCCAUUUUUUCAUCGAACGAAAACGUUUAAAAUAUUGAUGAUAUUCAAAAAUCUCCAAAAUAUUACAUUUUCGUUCAAACUGAGUAAAUCAUCACUUAAAAUUUGUACAAUUAUGUACUUUUUUGAAUACGUUAUUCGUUUUUCGCAUUACAAUUGAUUUGAUUUUUAAAACGAUUUUUUUGCGACACAUGGUCUCGGGCCUGUAAAACCCGGUCCGAGAGCCGCGAAACUAAUAAUCCUCCCGUACGUCAAAAAUAAUAAUCGGAUCGAACUAAAAAUUACAUUUAUGUUAAUAGCUUACCUAGUGCUACUUUGUGAAUUUUUUUUGAGAAUUUUCGAUUUUUCACUUUUGUAGACCUCAAAUCGAUAUUUACUGACAUCCGCUCUUAAUAGUCGCGUGUUCAUUAUUCCAGCUCGAAAAGUGUCGUUAUUUCAGUAAAAAGAUCUCAUUAUUCCGCACCACAAAAUGGCACUAAUCCAUUAUUCCAACAACAAAAAAAUUUCCGUCAUUCUUACUCCAUUAUUCCUCUUUACCCCCAAAAUCGAACCAGAUAUGUUCAGUCUUUUAAUAUCAGAAUCAACAGUUAUUUUGUUUUGUUGUUGUUGUUUUUUUCGAACCUGCUACAGGUUGGUGAUCCAAACGAAGACAGUGAUAGUGAACCCACAUUAACAGGACCUGAUCAUGAGUUAGUGGUUGAUACUACUUCACCUCCAGAGGAGAUCAAGAAUCGAGCAGUUCAGUUGAUAAAGGAAAUACAAGAUGAAGAUUUUAAGGCUGAAGAAUCUGUUGUCAGUGUUGAACUGUGGGAUUUUGCUGGACAACACCUGUAUUAUGCAUCCCAUCCUGUAUUAUUUGGAUCACUGACAAUGUUAUCAAAAAGCCUGCUACAUAAUACGUAAUAAUGCUCCAAAAUGGGUGUUAACCCCACCUCUAUUGCCGAGUUGCACUUUCCUGAGGUUAUUAUUGAUACUGCUCUUUUCUCUAGCCGUACCAGCUCUUUCUUUAAGUACUGGGGGAGACCUUUGAAAAAGACAGGUGCUGCAUAAUCAAUAACAGAUAUCACGCACGAUACGUAGAACAGUGCUAGAUCGUGUUUCGGAACUCCCGCUCUCUAGCCCUUGUACCUCCUGCAGUAUACAAAGCGCUGAGGGUGUUCAACACGGUCUAGACGUUACGUGACGGGAAUCCCUUCUAUUUUCACCGUACCAAAAUUAUCAUAUCUCGGUGAGCAUUCGUAAGGGCCUGUUUACAUGGAGGUGGGGGACCCCAGGUAGGUGAGGUUACCCGAUAAGGUGGGGUAACCCGUCUGUCCAUAUAAUCUCUCAUUUUAAUUUGAUCACGUUUGCAUGAUAGGUGGGGUGACCCGCCAAGGCGGAUAGCCCGGUCUGCCAGACCGGGUAACCCUCUCAGCCGGGGUCAAAUUUUGCCACGUAAACGUUUCAAGGUGGGGUAACCCGCCUAGCCGUGGUCGCAUUCGCAAUACUGAAUUCGCGCAAAAUUCACUUUGGCAGUAGCUUUGCAUCAUUAUUAAAGGUAGCAAUAGAAAUCCACAGCACUGAAGGUUGCAGUAAGAGCAACGAGUGAGUGUAGGAGAGUAUUAAUCAAAAAGUGGGGUUUGCCAGCAUUUUUCUUGUUUACGUGCUUAUCGACCAUUCAGUAAUCUUGUUUUUCAGGACCAUUUGACAGCGCACGAGUGAACCGGAGCGCAAUAACGAGCCCUAACCCUACCCCAUUGCCCUUGCGGUAAAUAAAUCCUCGCGCUUUUCAUUUUAUUAUGCGCGCUUGAGAAUCUCCAAAGGGAAUGUAGAGGGUCUUUGAACAAUUUCAGUUUCAGUUUAUUUCACCGACAAAAAAAGAACAAAACAAAACAAAAGACAGGUACACAGAAAUACCCAGAAGCAAUGUGGUUAGGAAGCCCAAAAAGAAACCAUAAGGCUUAGGCAAUCCCCUUUUUAUUCGUUCAGCUUCGAAUAGGUUUCCUGGUUUUGGGUCGGUCGGUGGGGUGAAAAAAAAUCACAAGAAAUCUGAGAUUAGGAGGCCUGAAACACCAGCACCAUUGCCAUGGAGCCUGAAAACAACAAGACGUGGUCACCAAAUCGACACAAACUCAAUAUCGCCGAAAAUAUGAUGGUCAAUUUCAUAAAAAAAGAAAAGGUCCAAAAAGGGUGAAAAGUGACAAGGAUACACCACCGAAAUUUUUAUGCCUGGAAAUGCUGUUAUAAUUCUCAUUUUUCAGAUUAAAAGAAUUAAUUUAAGUCCAAAAAAGAAAACCUUGAGAGGAGACUUGGGAGGAGACGAUGUAGAAAAAGUCGGGCGUACCCUGGAAAAAUCCUGGCUACGCCCCUGCUAAAGCCCGAAAAAGCAACAGGAGUCUUGAGAAACGUCCUUACCAUCUGUCCGGGGUCGUACUUUCAAGGAAGCGCGAUCAAGGAGUGACAACAGUGGUAAGCGGUCGUUCUGUGAAAUGUAACGCAAUCUUUGACGUUUGAGAUUUUUCCGCGCUUGGAUUUGAAACGUUGUUGUUGAUAUGUUCUCCCGUGUGGAUACUUGACAUUUCCAAUAUAUGGAAACACCAUGCAUGCUAAGGUACGAACAACAGACACUCACAAUAUUGUUUUGUACGCUAAAAUCUGAUUUCAUGGAAGUAAAACGUUUUGAAUUUAAAGACUUUUUUGUUAUAUUAAUGCUUUGCCCUCCCUUUGACAACUUCACGUGACUGGUGUGGUCGUCACUUGUUUCUCCCUUGGCAGGAGUUGACAGCUUAAAUCUGCCUUUCUUGAUAGCAAACGGAUUACAUGUACAUCAGAUCGCUUUAUAAAUACGUCUUGGUUUCUGAAAGCUGAUAACAUUAAACCACUGUUGCUCAAACUGAUUUCUUAUUGUAUUUUUCCGAGUUUUUCUAAUGGGCCCGCUGAGUCUGGAAAGCUCAAAUUUCAGAAAAGUACUACUUGUAAUUUUUGACCUCAGAAAUUUUCUUUUAAGUUGCCCAUAGUUUUGAAAGCAGAUUUUGAAAGAAGAGAUAAUGCUCUUUAACGUGAUAUAAGACUCUUUACUGAAAUCGAGGUACCAGUCGACGAUUUUGGGCUUUGAAAUUUGCCAUUUUUUCAUCGAACGAAAACGUUUAAAAUAUUGAUGAUAUUCAAAAAUCUCCAAAAUAUUACAUUUUCGUUCAAACUGAGUAAAUCAUCACUUAAAAUUUGUACAAUUAUGUACUUUUUUGAAUACGUUAUUCGUUUUUCGCAUUACAAUUGAUUUGAUUUUUAAAACGAUUUUUUUGCGACACAUGGUCUCGGGCCUGUAAAACCCGGUCCGAGAGCCGCGAAACUAAUAAUCCUCCCGUACGUCAAAAAUAAUAAUCGGAUCGAACUAAAAAUUACAUUUAUGUUAAUAGCUUACCUAGUGCUACUUUGUGAAUUUUUUUUGAGAAUUUUCGAUUUUUCACUUUUGUAGACCUCAAAUCGAUAUUUACUGACAUCCGCUCUUAAUAGUCGCGUGUUCAUUAUUCCAGCUCGAAAAGUGUCGUUAUUUCAGUAAAAAGAUCUCAUUAUUCCGCACCACAAAAUGGCACUAAUCCAUUAUUCCAACAACAAAAAAAUUUCCGUCAUUCUUACUCCAUUAUUCCUCUUUACCCCCAAAAUCGAACCAGAUAUGUUCAGUCUUUUAAUAUCAGAAUCAACAGUUAUUUUGUUUUGUUGUUGUUGUUUUUUUCGAACCUGCUACAGGUUGGUGAUCCAAACGAAGACAGUGAUAGUGAACCCACAUUAACAGGACCUGAUCAUGAGUUAGUGGUUGAUACUACUUCACCUCCAGAGGAGAUCAAGAAUCGAGCAGUUCAGUUGAUAAAGGAAAUACAAGAUGAAGAUUUUAAGGCUGAAGAAUCUGUUGUCAGUGUUGAACUGUGGGAUUUUGCUGGACAACACCUGUAUUAUGCAUCCCAUCCUGUAUUUUUAUCAUCACGUGCGCUGUACAUCUUGGUGUGCAACCUCAGCAAGUCACUGCAUGACACAGCCAAGCCCUGUGUGAGGCAAGGGUCUCGUAAUGUUGAGUUGGAAAACCCAAACGGAGAAACAAAUCUUGAGAACUUGUUGUCCUGGCUGUCCACAGUGCAUACCGUCGUACAGCUGAGAAGAGAAACCUGUGAUGAUGUAGAAGAAGAGGUGCCUCAUUUGCGCCCCCCAGUGAUCAUUGUAGGAACCCAUGCAGACAAAUCAUUUGAAGAUAUUGAAACAAUGAAAACAGAAAUCCAGAACGCAAUUGCUGGUAAGGACUAUGAAGGACAUGUGGUGCGGUCUAUCUUUGGCAUUGACAACACGGCGAAAUUACUUCAAAAUAAGAUCAGAAAUGUUUUUAGGAAA